AGUUCUGUUAGCUGCGUCCAGGCAGCAGUGAUAAUGAUGGAUUCAAGAUGGCGUGGACUAGAGCUAUAGAUUAUCGAAUGGAAAGAUAUGUGGUGAACGAGUAAUGAAAUAUCAAGGAAGCCUUUGAACAUCGGAUAUGUCACGACUUGCAGACUACUUUGUUCUUGUCGGAUAUGAUCAUGAAAAAGACAGGAGCGGUACAAGCUGUGGCAAGAUCUUACAGAGGUUCCCGGAAAAAGAUUGGGAUGACUGCCCUUUUAUGCAAGGGCUUCCUUUGUUUUGCCAACCAGUGGGAUGGGCACUUUACAACCAGAGGCAGCAGCCAUCCUUCUACGUGGCCGUGCUCACGGACAUGGAUGGGGAGCGCCACUACUGUGCCGUGUUCACAUUCCAUGAGAUGGUAGCCAUGACUCCGUGCAAGCCGGACGACGAGGAGGACGAACAGGAAGGAAGCAUCAUACACCACUCGUCGAUGUUUGCCCCAAAGUCCAUAGCUCUUAUUUCCAGACAUGACUACAUAGAGGCCUUCCGGAACUGCCUGGGGAUCAUAUACACAGUACACCUGGAGAACUUGACGGUGAAAAUAGAAACACUUGUGGGAAAUAUUUUAGGGUGUGUUCAAGUCCCACCUGCGGGUGGACCGCAGGUUCGAUUCUCUAUAGGAGCGGGUGACAGACAAGCACUGCAGCCAGCCUUGAGUGCCAGUCUUCCUGUCAGCCAUAUUUCUGUAGCGAUCCUCUUUGAGCAAUUAGGUGUAAACAAUACGCUGACUGUGUUUGCCGCUGCCUUGACAGACCACAAAAUUUUGUUCUACUCGGAGAGCUGCUCCCGGCUUUCUGAUGCCUGCCGCGCCCUCACCGUCUUAUACUACCCUCUCAAAUACACAUAUGUGUUCAUCCCUGUCUUGCCAACGUCUCUGUUAGAAGUGCUCAAUUCACCCACUCCUUUCAUUGCUGGGGUGCAUGCAAAGCUGAAAGAUGACAUUGCAGAUUUGAGUAAGCGAUCAGAAAUGCUGGAUGUCAUCAUUGUGGACUUGGACGGGGGCAGCGUCCGCAUCCCUGAGUGUGUCACCAUCCCACCCAUCACAGACAGCAUUCUCACCAGUGCCAAGAAGGCACUUACCAUGAUUUUGAAUCCAGAUCUGGUUUGUGCAGACUAUGCCUAUGCACCUUCCCCUAAAAAGCUGGCCUCUCAUGUGCACAGGGACAAGGAACUUCGAAGUGUGUUUAUCCGAAUGUUUGCUGAAAUGUUCUCCGGCUAUCGCUCAAGUUUGGCUAUUGUCCGGAUACACCCAACUCCAUUCAUCACAUUUCAUAAGGCUCACUUUUUGGGUCAGAGGGGCAUGGUGGAGGAAGAGUUUCUGGGCCGUGUCAUUGACAGUAUGGCAUUCAGCAGCUUUGUGGCGGAGCGAGGGCCCCCUUACCGAGUUUGUGACAUCUUUGAUGAGGUGUCGGCCACAAUCCAAGAGCAGCUCCAGGAGGAGCACAACAACCCUGUACGGAUGAUGGAGAACAUCAAGGAACUGGCCCAUCACCUGUAUCUCAAUGAAUGCCCCAGUCAGCAGCCAUACGUCCCUAAAGUUCCAAAGCCAACAGAAGGUGCUUAUGCACGUAUACACCAACCAGCGUUCCCAACACUGGACGGGAAAAUGAUCCAAGACAUCAUAGAUGAAGGACUCUACACCAACAACACAAAAAAGUUAAACAGUGUGAGGACACAAAAUGUGCGCAUGGUACCCAUGAGCUCCUCUAUAGGUGCUUGGAGCCUGCAGAAAACACUGGAAAACAAUGCAAGACGGCUGGAAGUGCUGAAAAGCUGUGUGAACUUCAUCUUUGACAACAAAAUACCAGAUGCAAGAAUAAUCUUCCCUGCGGUCCUGAGGGCUUUGAAGUCUGGCAUCGCUCGGCUGGCCCUGACACAAGAGCUUGGGGAGCAUGUCCGCAGCAACCGUGCGAUGCUGGAGCAUCAACAGUUUGAUCUAGUCGUCAAGCUGCUCAACUGUGCUCUUAUGAAUGAUUCCAGUUUGGAUGAAAAUGGAGUGGCAGCAGCAGUACUUCCUCUUGCAACAGCCUUUUGUAGA